GGAGAAUAUUUUGGACAUAAAUAAUAAUUAUUUAUGCAUAUGUAAUUAUUUUAAAUUAAUUUUAAAAAUAAAUUGAUUUGUUAUUUAAUAUUCUUAAAUUUAUUUAAGUGUAGUUUUUUAAAUAAUUUUUAUUUUUAUUUUUAUUUUUAUUUUUUGUUCCUUCUUCUUCUUCUCGUUAUUUUAUUAUUUCUUCUGUAUCAAAAUAGUUGAAUAUUUUGACAAUUAGACUCACAAGUAUUUUAAUUUGUUUGUUACAGUUUUAAGUAACGAAUUAUUUUGAAACAGAUGGAGUAUCUAAAAACAAUUCAAUGUUUGUAUUACUCCGUGCUUCCGGAAGCGCCAUUCCACCUAUGGAAUGCAAAUUUACACACACUAAACAUGGCCCCAAAUACCGCACACACCUGAAUUGGUCCUGAAACAACAAAAUGAAGCUCUUCCGUUCCCAUCGACCCCUUUCAAACCCUAAUUUCCCAAUCAAAUCCAUUCCCAUUUCCACCACCACCACAUCCUCGUCCACCGCCACCGAAGAUCAGUAUAAUGACGAAAAUUUCAUAGCAACCCUCAGAGACAUCGUCCGAGGCAAUCAAAGCUGGAAAAUCGCAUUCAACAACACCUCCAUUUUCAACAAUUUGAAGCCACACCACGUCGAGACGAUCUUGGCCCAAACCCUAGACGACUCCAGGUUAGCAUUACGCUUCUUCAACUUCUUAGGUCUUCACAAAAAUUUCAACCACUCCACGGCGUCGUUUUGCAUUCUCAUUCAUGCACUGGUUCACUCCAAUCUCUUUUGGCCGGCCUCUUCGGUCCUGCAAACGCUACUCCUGCGAACAUCCAACCCUAGAUUAGUUUUUGAUUGUUUCAUGAAUUCAUAUGAAAAAUGCAACUUUUCUUCAACUUUAGCGUUUGAUUUAUUAAUUCAAGCAUAUGUGCAAAGCAAGAGGGUGUGGGACGGUGUUCUGAUUGUGAAGUUCAUGAGGGAGUGUAAAUUAUUGCCUGAAGUUAGGACUUUUAGUGCUGUUUUAAACGGCUUGGUUAGAAUCAGGCGUUUCGAUAUGGUUUCGGAUUUGUUUGAUGAGAUUGUGAGUUCUGGAGUUCGGCCUGAUGUUUAUAUGUACACUGCGGCGGUUCGAAGUUUAUGUGAAUUGAAGGAUUUUGAUAGGGCAAGGGAAAUGAUCCUUUGGAUGGAGUCUAGUGGGUGUGAAUUGAGUGUUGUGACUUAUAAUGUUUUGAUUCAUGGUCUCUGUAAGAACCAAAGAGCUUGGGAGGCAGUUGAGAUCAAGAAUUUGUUGGGUUGCAAGGGACUGAAAGCUGAUAUUGUCACGUAUUGUACAUUAAUACUUGGUAUGUGCAAAGUGCAAGAAUUUAAAGUUGCUCGAGAAUUAAUAAAUGAGAUGGUUGAGUUGGGCUUUGUUCCGAGUGAGGCCGCUGUCUCGUGUCUUGUUGAGGGGCUAAGGAAGAAUAAUAAUGUUGUGGAGGCUUUUGAUUUGGUUAAUAAAGUGGGGAAGCUUGGGGCAUUACCUAAUUUGUUUGUUUACAAUGCAUUGAUCAAUUCUUUGUGCAAAGGCGGCAAAUUGGAAGAAGCUGAAUCACUUUUUGUAAACAUGGAGAAACAGGGUUUGUUCCCCAAUGAUGUUACAUAUUCUGUGUUGAUUGAUUCAUUUUGCAAAAGGGGAAAAUUGGAUGCCGCGCUUCUUUUUCUUCAUAAAAUGACUGAGGCAGGAAUUAAAGCAACCGUGUAUCCCUUCAAUUCUCUGAUAAAUGGGCAUUGCAAGUUUGGUCAAUUGAGUAUGGCAGAGGCUUUCUUUAACAAUAUGAUUAACAAAGGGUUGUCACCUACUGUUGUCACCUACACUUCACUGAUUAGUGGAUAUUGCAAGGAAGGAGAAGUGCAAAAGGCAUUUAGGCUCUAUCAUGAGAUGACGGGGAAAGGUAUUUCACCAAAUACAUACUCCUUCACUGCGCUUAUUUCUGGUCUCUGUCGUACAAGUAUGAUGACUGAAGCCAGCAAGUUGUUUGAUGAAAUGGUGGAACAGAGUGUCACCCCAACUGAAGUUACUUAUAAUGUUAUGAUUGAAGGGUACUGCAGGGAUGGCAAUACAGUAAGAGCCUUUGAAUUGUUUGAUGAGAUGAUUGAGAAGGGACUUGUACCAGAUACAUAUACCUAUAGGCCUCUUAUAAGUGGGCUUUGUUCGACGGGUAGGGUGUCUGAAGCCAAAGAGUUCAUGGAUGACCUUCACAAAGAGCAGCAAAAGUUAAAUGAGCUGUGCCUUAGUGCCCUUCUUCAUGGUUAUUGCAAGGAAGGAAGAUUUAAGGAUGCACUGGAUGCUUGCAGCGAGAUGGUGGAAAGAGGAGUUGACAUGGAUCUUGUAUGUUAUGCUGUACUUAUUUAUGGAGCUCUAAAACAGCAGAAUCCAAAAAGAUUGUUGCAUCUUCUGAAGGAGAUGCAUGAUCAUGGAUUGAGGCCUGAUAAUGUUAUAUAUACUAAUAUGAUUGAUGCAUAUGGCAAAGCAGGAAAUCUUAAAAAGGCUUCUGAAUUUUGGAAUUUAAUGAUUAGCGAAGGAUGCAUCCCGAAUGUUGUGACAUAUACUGCCAUGAUAAAUGCCUUGUGUAAAGCAGGAUUUGUGGAUGAAGCCGAGCUUCUUUGCAAGCAAAUGCUAGUUAGCAGCAACCUUCCAAAUCAGAUUACAUACGGUUGUUUCCUUGAUUACCUUACCAGAGAAGGAUAUAUGGAAAAAGCUUUGUUGUUGCACAAUGCAAUGCUUAAAGGGUUCUUAGCAAACACCGUCACAUAUAAUAUACUCAUUCGGGGUUUCUGCAAAUUGGGUAGAAUUCAGGAAGCUGCCAAGAUUCUAAUUGAAAUGAUGGAGAACCGUAUCUUCCCGGAUUGUAUAAGUUAUUCAACAAUUAUUUAUGAGUUCUGUAAAAGGGGUGAUUUACAGGAAGCAGUGAAGCUGUGGGACUCCAUGCUGAACAAGGGUCUGAAUCCUGAUACAGUAGCAUAUAAUUUUUUAAUAUAUGGUUGCUGUGUUGCUGGAGAACUCACCAAAGCUUUUGAAUUGCGUGAUGACAUGAUGAGAAGGGGUUUAAUGCCAAAUCGUGCUACAUAUAGUUCUCUUAUUCAUGGAACUUGCUUGACGAAUUCAGUACUACCUAGCGGUGGUUAGUAAUGCUUCAAGGAUCAUUUGUAUAUUUUGUUGCAGAUGAAAAAGAGGUCUGGUUUUCACAAACUCCUGUUUGUGGACAAUUUAGGGAACAUUUUUUUUUGUGUUUGCCAGUGAUACAAUGGCAGUUUGCAGCCCCAAUUUUCCUUGGGAUUGUGCAACAAGACCUAGACAUCUUGGUUGCUAGUUGAGAGAUAUUUGGACUCCUGUACAUUAAUCCAACUUUGUGAAAUAGAAUUUAGAUGGGAAUGUAACUUAUGAUUGAAGGAUGGACAACCUCCUGUUGAGAGAAACCUUUAGCAGAUUAGUUCAUUUAACAACAUAGAAUAACCAACCCCCCGGCGGAUAAUUACUGCUCCCCAAUUAAGUUGUGUAGUUGCAAGGAUUUUUAUUUUUUAUUUUUUAUUAAAGUUGUAAUAAUAGUCCUCUUGCAAAAUGAAUCAAUUUUGUUGGUUA